GCUGGCAGUGCAGGUCCUGCCGUGAGGUUUGAUCGCUGAGCGGUGGCUGUGCCUCGCCGAGCAGCCACCGAUGGUUCCUCAGAGCACGCAGUGUCUGGAUGCAUCUCGGUGUGGAGCAAUGAGGCACGGGAGUGUCGGAGCAGGGGAAGCAGAGGAAUGCUGCUGGAGAGCUCACUCGCAAGGAGACAGAGAGGAUGGCAUGGUAAAUGGCUGUUUUGCAAUCCAGGCUGUCAGCCUGGACUCCUUCAGGCAGGUCAAUAGAGACUCCAACCGUCAUGUUAAGGUAAAGCAGAAAAGUGCAGUGCUGAACAUGCUAAAGAAGUUGGACAAAAUAAGGUUCAGAGGUCACAAGAGAGAUGAGUUCCUUGAUUUAGCAGAGUCUCCAAAUGCUUCAGACACUGAAUGUGGAGAUGAAAUCCCGGUGAAGAUACCUCGAACGUCAGCUCGAGAAAAUGAAGAGUUGAGAGACCCUGCUGGUCCAGGGACCAUCAUCAUGGCAUCAGGAGUCCAGGAUUUUAACAGAACAGAGUCUGACAGACUGAAUGAGAUCAAAGGUCACCUGGAAAUAGCCUUACUGGAAAAACACUUUUUACAGGAGGAGCUCAGGAAGCUGAGAGAAGAAACAAAUGCUGAAACGUUAAGGCAGGAGCUAGAAAAGGAACGGCAGAGGAGAUUAGAACUUGAACAAAGAGUCAAUGAAGUACUUAAAGCAAGGGCAGAAGAGGUGCCUGCAGCUCAGCAACCUGCAAAGCCACAGGCACAAGCCAAUGGUACAGAUAAGAGUAGUCACACAGUCUCUUCAAGACUCCAAAAGUGGUUUGGUGACAAAUUUGGGGAGUAUGUUGAGGACUUCAGAUUUCAGCCAGAAGAGAAUACAGUGGAAACAGAAGAGCCACUUAGUGCUAGAAGGUUGACUGAGAAUAUGAGAAGAUUAAAGAGAGGUGCCAAACCUGUUACAAAUUUUGUGAAGAAUCUUUCUGCCUUAUUAGACUGGUAUUCUAUCUACACUUCUGCUAUUGCCUUUAUUAUUUACAUCAAUGCUGUAUGGCAUGGCUGGGCCAUUCCUAUGUUCUUAUUUUUAGCAAUUUUGAGGUUAUCCCUAAAUUACCUCAUAGCCAGGGGUUGGAGAAUACAGUGGAGCAUUGUGCCUGAAGUUUCUGAACACAUGGAGCACCCAAAAGAGGACCUGACCGUGUCUGAGAAGUUUCAGCUUGUUCUGGACGUGGCUCAGAAGGCGCAGAACCUUUUUGGCAAGAUGGCAGACAUACUGGAAAAAUUUAAAAACUUGUUCAUGUGGGUCCAGCCAGAACUAACCCAGAAACUCUACAUUGCUCUGUGGGCAGCUUUUAUUGCAUCCUGCUUUUUGCCCUACAAGAUUCUUGGGCUUGCAUUGGGACUCUAUGCUGGAAUCAAGUUUUUCCUUAUUGAUUUUAUCUUCAAGCGAUGCCCCAGACUAAGAGCUAAGUAUGAUACUCCUUAUAUCAUCUGGAUAAGUCUCCUGACAGAUCCUCAGCUCAAAGAAAGAUCUAAUGCUACAGUGUCGAGACGGAUUCAAACAGCAGCCUCCAGGAUUUACGUGGGCUCAAGUGCCCCAACUGGAAUAAGCAAAGAUGAAGACACGAGUCGUUUUCAUACCACCAAGAGAGGAAAUUUCCAUGAAAUUUUUAACCUGCCAGAGAAUGAACGUCCUUUGCCAGUGUGUGAAAAUGGCUGGCGCUGUUGCUUGAUCAACAGAGAUCGGAAGAUGCCUACAGACUACAUCAGGAAUGGAGUUCUUUAUGUCACAGAAAAUUACUUGUGCUUUGAAAGCUCAAAAUCCGGCUCAUCCAAAAGAAAUAAAGUUAUAAAGCUGUCGGACAUAACAGAUAUCCAGAAGUAUAAAGUGCUCUCUGUUCUCCCAGGAUCAGGGAUGGGUAUUGCUGUAUCAACACCAUCUACACAGAAACCUUUGGUGUUUGGUGCCAUGGUACACAGAGAUGAAGCUUUUGAGGCAAUUUUCAGCCAAUAUGUGAAAAUAACAUCUGCACCAUCCAGCAGUGAAAGCUAGUGUCUUAUUUUGGAAGAGCUAAAGGAAACUUUCUUAUUGUAUGACUUGGUAGUGAAAAAAUGAACAUCCUCAUCUAUUUUGCAAUAAUUUUUCUUGUCUGGUGGUUUAUAUUCUAUCUGUUACAUAAACCAAGUGUAUUUUAUAUAUGCCUUCAUGUUUGUUUUUAAGGUUUUUGUAAAAAAAAGACAAAAAAACCAAAUGAAAACAGUGAAAGUGCUAUCAUCACUAUUAGCCUUGCACAUUAAGCACUUUUAAUGUUUAUUUACUGACAUUAAAAGCUGGGAAGAUGCUUGGAGACCUGACUAUAUAACAGAUUGAUCCCUUUAUCUCCACUGAUGUCACUAGGGAUACAUUUGUCCUUUAUCUUAGUUGUUUUUCCCUGAGAUGUGAGAAUGAUGACUGCAGCAGCCUGAAGUCUCCUUCUUCGGCUUUGAGAUUUUAAUUGGGUCCGUUAUUAAAACACCAAGGAAGUAUUAGCUUCUUAGGAUUUCCAUAUGUACAACUGCAUUUAAAAUAACUCCUCCUUGCUAAUUUUUGCAUUGCAGAAGGAUGUUUUACUGGUUUGGUUAGCUUCAAUUUUUCCUGCAUAGAGAUGUUUAAAUUACUUGUACAGUGAAUUGGAGGAGAAAGUUUGUAACUAUAUCUUCCUUUCCUCGUUAACCAAAGUAAGAGGAAAGAAGGCAGGCAGAUGCUUUUUAUAAAAGAGGGCACCAAAAUGUUGUUCCUAAAAUGUUAGGCAUCUUAUAUUUCUAUAGGUACUUGUCCUAGAAGGGCUCAGCUGUUGUACAUGUUGCAUGUACAAGGUGUUUGUAUGUUAAUGCAUUAAAGACUUGAAGGGUUUUUGUGUUGGGGAGGUGGGAAUGAUUAAACUAAACUCAUAUGUGACCUUUUUUAAUUUGGCUCUUGAGUUAACUUGUGAUUAAAAAAAAUAUGCUAGAAUAUAGAACUGAAAGCACUAGUUCCUCUCAAAGCAUAAUUUGAGCAGCGUUGGUGUUCUUCUGUCUUCCCCCUUGCAGAAUUAAAUUUUAGUAACAAUUAAACCCAACUGCCAGGUAAAACAGGAAGGCUGCACUCCUCUAAACUCUCUCAGGCCUGUCUAGCAGCAAAGCACAGAUUGACCUUUGUCUUUAAUAUUAGAAAUCUUUUAUACUCUAUAUAAUAGCACCCAUCUGAGAGGUUUAGAAUUUUAUUUGCAUUUUCAUGAAAGCACAGUAGGAGUUAUGCCAAGCCUUCCAGAGUGUCUUUUCCUUUACUAUGUCUUUUGAGUUGAGUACUAUGGCUGUCUACAGACAUUAUAUGAAUGGACCUAAAAAAAAAGCAAUGGAGAUGCAAAUUCUUAUGUAAAAAUGGGACUUAAUUUCAUGGAUUUUUCCCUGUUUUUUUAAACAGGAAUUUCCUUUCUUUGUAAGGAAAGGGGUAAAAUGAAGGAGGGUGAGGGGUAGCAAACACCAAAGGGUGUUUAACUGUUAGCACAGUUUUAAAGUGUGUCAAUAAAUGCAGGAAUAAUGAAGAAGGUGGAGGUCAAACUGUACAAGCCUCAGUUUUAGUCUGGCCAUGAAGAGGUACGGUAUGAGAACUUGAUACAAAUUUUAUAUGAAAAAGUACUGUUGAAUACCAUAAUUUGGUUGAGUAUUGUAAAGUGAAACGCUGAUGGGGUAUGCCCUGGAUGGAAAUGUAAGCAAGAAUGGGGGAGAAACCACUGUAAUGGCUAAAAUGCAAUUUUCAGGUUCUCACUAUAGAGUAGCACUUGAACAUGACCUGAAAAAUGGGUGCAUUUCUAACACCACCUUUGGUAUGCUGUAACUCAGGGCCUGGAAACUUCAAAGAUAAGUGAAGCUGGUGUGAAAUCUAUUUUGCCACCAUUUUAAGUGGAUGUAGCUUGAUAGUUUAUGGUUUCUUAACUUUACACAUUCAGGUUAUACAUAUAAGUAAAAAUUGUUGAUUUAAAUCUUACUCAUCAAAACUACUUUAAAAUCAGUCAAUAUCUUUAUUAUAAUUGCUACAUAUUAUAAUUUGGCUUUUCUUUCUAGGAUCUUUCUUGAAAAGUAAAUGUGGCUAAGAAAUAGGCAUUAAAAUGGCUUAAUGUUAUAUAAAUCAUAAUCAGAUUCAUUCAUUUUGUCUUAAGAAAAAGUCCCUUGGGUGUGUUUUAAGGUUAUCCUUUUUUUUUUUUUUUUGAAGAAACAGAAAACUAUAUUUUUUACAGAGAGCAUGCUCUUUUUCUUAUUUUUGUAUCAUUUUUCAAGUGUAAUUUAUACCUUCACUCUGAUCAUAACAGCAGUUUCAGUAGGAAAUCAGUUGACUUGCACUUAUUACCUCCUCCCCCUCCCAGCCUUCACUGGUUGACCCUCGAGUACAGGGUUGUCCUCAAUUCUGGUUCCUGGAGGAGCUAUUGGAUCUAUACUGAUGGUGCCAGGACAAUUAACCAUACCUAGGCUUUGUAGAGGGAGAGGAGAUAUCAUUGUCCUUUUCCCAGACUGAAAUGCCUCAUGUGUACAAUAUACUCUUAACAUUUGUUUUCUGAAUGAAGCAAUUAGAAAUGUCUUAUAAAAUCUAAUGUGCUGACAUUUGAAAUGAAUCCACACUUUAACAGUGUGGACUUAAAAGUUAGCAAUCCUUAAAGCAGCAAACCUAGUGCAAACUGCAAUGCAACAUUGGUUCUACUAUAGAGAAAACAGACUGGAUUUCUUUCUUUUGGUUUUUUUUUUUUUUUUUAAUAGAGUUGUAAUAUAAUUGACAGACAUCUGUGUACAUAUUUUGCAAAUUUCACUUUACAUUGGGUUAUCCUGCUGCACAGCUGCUCCCCUGGUGUCGUGACUUCAGAGACUGAAGGAAAGCCUCGUGUGUUUGCUCAGCUUUUCUCCUGCUGCACCCUCAGGCCUGGAGGGCAGGAGGGGAUGGGCAAUGAGUGAAUGUAUACUUGACCUGUGUAAUUACACUGAAGCUCUCACCUUCAAUUCCAAUCUUCCUAGUUAGUUUUGCAGUACAGCCUGGUGCACUUUAGAAACAGGCUGGGCCGGAACACUUAAUGUAAAGUGCUUCUAAAUAGCUGAAAGUGGUGUUCUUGUCAUUCUGUCUGUCCGAUUGCUGUUUAUAUUUGCAAUUCUGUUCGUCUGUGGAUGUCUGGAUCAUUCACACAUAAUUGGAUUUAACUUCUUCAGAAGUUCCUUGGUUAGUUUGAGUCCCUUUUAAAGACAAUAAAAAAAGGGAGAUGAAAACUGACUAAUAAUUCUUUAUCACUGACCAUUUAAAUUCAAAAGCGAAACAAGCUGGAAUAUGAAAUCAUGCCUUUCUGUGCACUGUAGCUUUUGUGAGGCAAGAUUGAAUGAAACAAGCUAUAUAUUAGUAGCAACAUCACACAGGAUGCCAGCAGCAAAACUCUACCUUCGUUCUGCAGACAAAGAAAAGGAAUUUUACCCGACUGUGAAGAGAUGAAAGGAUGUACCUGUUUUUUGGCUACUUAAACCUGUUUGAAAACAUUGGUAGUUUUUAUUGAACUCUGUACAUUUUGGCAGAUGUUUAAUUUCUACUAAUCAUUGAAAUAUAAUGGAUGUUAAAAUUUUUAUGUCUGAAGUUUGAGUCUAUAUUUUGAAAAUGUAAAUAAUUCAUUAUCAGUGUAACUUUUGUUUGACAGAAGACUUAUACUGUAUGAAUAAUUGAAAUAAUGAAAUUAU